AAAGAGGAACCGUAGUAAAAUUACACGUAAAUAAGAGAAAAAGAGAAAUUUUUCCAGAUGGAAUAGAAUGAGAACUACCCUUCGAAUGUUUGCAUGAAUUCUCGUUAAAAGAACUGGUUUCCAAGUCUAAGGUCAGUAGGAAAGUAGUAAAAAAGGGAAACUCAAUCUGCGGUAUUUUAUUCCAUUAUAAUAGAGAUGGCUCGUCUAAAAUUUAUUCAUAAUGAAACUUCUAAUAGUCUCUAGAAGUCAAUUCAUCUUCAGGAAACCAAAUGCUCCCAGCAGCAAGUCUUAAAGUGCAGGGAGAGAAACCGAAAUAUUGACUAAUUUCUCAUAUAUUCUCUGCAUUUCUUUUAUUUUUUCCUGGUUUUUAACAGAAAGCUGUUCAAUGUCAUGGUAUAGACUGUAGGAGGAGAACACGAAUUGAUGAAGACCUAGAGGUAGGAAGGGAGCGAGCUCCUUUCUACAACUAUAAACAUGCGUUUCAUAAAAUAUCUUUGAGAUUUUCAACGGAAUGUCAUUUUCCUCGUGAGGACCUGUGAGCGAAGGUAGACAUGAGAGACCUGACCUGUCGUUAGCGAUUUCCCCAGUCAGCCAAAAUGACGGAUUAUAUUAAGGAAAAAGCGAUUGCAGCUGAUUUUUCCUCAGUAACAUUUCGAUUUGAUGAUUAUUUAGCCCGAAAUUUCGAGUUUGGCGAAGCGGGAAAGCUUCAUUCACUGCAUGGCCGCGAAUCGGGCUCCAAGAUGGGCAGCGUGGUUUGCAAGCAUUGGCUUCGCGGUCUCUGUAAGAAGGGAGAGCAAUGUGACUUUCUGCAUGAGUAUAAUUUAAAGAAAAUGCCACCGUGCCAUUUUUACGCAGAGAGGGGAUGGUGCUCUAAUGGAGAAGAAUGUCUGUAUCUUCAUUUAGAUCCUAGUAAGCAAGUUGGUGUAUGUGCUUGGUACAACAUGGGUUUUUGCCCAUUAGGUCCCGUCUGCCGUGGAAAACAUGUACGAAAACCAAAAAUAUGUGAACGAUACUUAUCAGGAUUCUGCCCCUCAGGUCCCAAUUGUCCUGAUCCUCAUCCGAAGCAUGUGGAUCCACCUCAUCCUCCUCAGAGACGAAAAGAUUAUUAAUGAGAAAGAUUGGAAUGAAGAGCUUUUUCGUGUGUAUAUUAGCCCUGUUGAUGAUAAUACAAUUUGAUUCCCAUUUGUCCAAAAGGGCUGAAAUAUUAAAUCCUC